UGAUGAUGCCCGCUGAGAAUUGCCCUGCGCCCAUGGCCUGCCAGGGAUCUGGCCUCUCCUCCCGACAGCCUGCCUGCCUGCUUCACCCUCGAGUGAUUGCUGUCGUCUCUUGCAGUCCUGCGUGGUGCGUUGCUCAAGUCGCCGAGCUGCCACUGGCCCUGCUUUGCUUGCCUGCUUGCCCCGACCGCACCAAUUCACUCCAGAUGUCUGAAUGCUACAGAGACGGGGUGAAUACCGUCCAUGUAUUGUACGCAUGUACUUGGUACUACACAGUCACGCUGUACCACUGCUUUGGCUCGCUUUCACUUGGUCGGCUUCAAUCCCCAAAUCUUCCGAAACACGCUUUCUGA